AUUCUGACCUUAGACUCCCUGCACCAUUUCCUUGCACACGUUCGGGCUCUUUCUCGCGCGGAGACUGUUUCCGGCGAGCUGCAUUCGGUGUGACACCUCAUCCAGCGCUUACUACGCGGGCUUUUUACGCUUCCGCGUUCGCGGUUUCUCAGUUGUUUCUAUCCAGCAACGGAGUCCCGCAAUGCCAGUUAAAAGAUCACUGAAACUGGAUGAUCAGUUUGAAAAAAAUAUUCAUGGUGUUGCUAUCUAAAAUUGAGAGAUCAUCAGAGAAAACCAUGGAGAUAAUGAAAAAUCUAAGUAGUAUACAGGCUUUGCAGGGCAACAGACAACUUGAAGAUCUCAUUGGUGUUUCCCUAGUACCAUGCUCCUUAAAAAGAGAAGCAAGGAAAACCAAAGAGCUAAUGACUAAAGUAAUAAAACAAAAGUUGUUUGAAAAGAAAAAAUCAAGAGUUCCUCCCAAAGAUCAUCAUCUUGACAGCUUUGAAUUCCUUAAAGCCAUUUUGAACUGAGUGUUAUCUUCAAAUCUGACAACUGUGUCAACCUACCUGGAUACUAGUCAAGCCAUAAGAAUGCAGACCAGCCUGAAGUAAAGAGUCAGUGAAAGACUGUCAUGUUUACAACCCUUCUUAAAAGACAGGUAGAUGAUAUGCUGAGUAUUCUAAAUAGGAAAAAAUAAAGGCAUUCACUGUGUGCUGCCUUUGUGUGCAAAAAUCUGUGUAUAUGCCUGUAUGUAUGUUUGUGAGUACAGGUAUAUAUUUACCAUGGCAUAUGUAUGGAGCUCAGAGGACAACCUCAGGUGUCAGUGUGUUUUCUACAUUUAGACAAGGUCUCUUGUUCAAAUAUACACCAAUUUAGCUGACCUGUAAGCUCCCAGUGAGGACUGGGAGUCUAUGUGCAUGCCACUGCCUCUGUCUGGCUUUAGAUGGGUUCUAGCAAUCAAAUGCAGGUUCUCACACAGCCAUCCCCCAAGCUCACCACUGUGCAUGAUUUCUAACUGCUGAUGAAAACAAAGGAAAGAGCCACAUGGCUGCAGGAAGGUUUCAGUCCGCAGUUGCCACUGACACAGUACUCCUAAGUCUAAAUGAGAUUCUCUGUCACCACUAGGAGUCCCCAGUAGGACACAGUGAAUAGGAAUCUGUCAUAGUCACCACACCCCACUUCUUGGCAGCUGUUGAAGGAAGCACCUGCUGGAAGCCCCUUAAGGCAUGUAGACAAAGGCAUCUAAAUUGUGUUUUCAGUGGGUCACACUGGAGUAUCAAAAUUCUCUCAAAUGUAUUUCUCAUAUUUCUUUACACAAGUAAAGAAUGCUGUCAGAAUAGCCAGAUGAAUUUGUGAAGGUGAAUCUUGCUCAGAAGACUCAAAAAUAAGCAAAUGGGGACUUAUCAAUAUCUAAAGCAAGGGCCAAAUUACAUGGCAAGUAACAUGUAAAUCAUUCCUUAAGUGAUGCAUGAGAUGUAUGUUAAUUUGGAAAUUUGUGAUGAUGUAAUAACCAUCUUCUAUAUCCCAAAGACACUUAGAAGAAAUGCGCUCACUGUGAACGGUGUCUGCAUCUGCCUGAUCAUAUUUAAAGGCACAGAAGAACGUGUGUAAUUAAUCUGUCCAGUAAAUACCAACUUGGAGCACUAGGCAGGUGCAAGUCUAGAUAAAAUUUCUUGCAGCUAAUUUAAACUUUCUGCACACACCAGUAGUUAAUCUCAAUGUAAAUAAUACAUUUCUUCUUCACUCUUUAAUGUAAGCCUUGCAGUACAGUAGUCUUGACUUAUAUACUCUGUACCACAUAUGUUUCUAUAUAUUUUUAACAUUUCUGGCUAGAAUUAUGGCUCUAGUUUUGUAGAGUAACAUAUUUUAUUGGAAUUCACAAUAAACCAGGUGAACAAGCAGCCAGCUUUCCCAUGUACAGUUCCAGCUACUUAUUAAUUUACAGGUUAUUUUAUGUUAAUGAAAAUUUAAAAGUGUGUUGAACAAUACUGGUGUGUAUUGUUCCACUCUAGGGACUAUUGUCAAUGCUUACUGAGAAAAUUAUUGUGAACAUCUUAAGAUUUCAUACAUUUUAAAAACACUGAAAUGAACUAUCAAUACAGACAUAUAAAUAUAAGUUGGUUAUGAAGUAAAUUCAAACUUCAAUGAAUGUAAAGAAAUACCUUUACUAUAGGGCAAGUACAUGGUCCCUUCCAGAUUUUUUUUAAGCAUUAGCUUAGAUGUGUGAGUCUCUGGUGUUUGUGUUACAGUAUGUGUGCUGUCAGCAUGUGGGUGGGGGGAGUCAUCUCUAUUAACAUGGUUUCUAAAACGUUUAUACUUGACCUGAGCUGCAAGGAAAAAAAUGCCUUGGCACUUGCACUACAGUUUGACAAAAUUAACAUGUUACUUGAUUAUAUGACAUUUUGAAAACAGAAGUCUUAUAUGGAAAUGUG